GAUAAUCCAUCACGGUUAGAAAGCAGUGGUAAAAAGCCGAAAGUACCUGGUAGGUUUUCAUAGCAUCAGAAAUACUGUAGAUGUGAAUCUACCCGGAAAUUAUUACUAGCCGCUGGAAUGGAAAAUAUUGAAACUAUAGUUAAAAUGAUGUCCACUCCGUUCUGCGCAUCAGUUCUGCUCAUAACAAAGGAGGACCCCCAGAUAUAAACAUUGCUCAAAUUUUGCAUCUUUCGACUCUUUUGAAUUGAAAACGUACAGUUUAUAUUCAUUUACAAGCAUAGCGAACCAGAAAAGUGUUAGAUAUUCAGUUAGUAAUAUAUCGCAUUUUACAAAUAUAGCAGUUCAAAAUGUAAACAAAGUUCACGCAUGUGGACAGGAUUUCUUCAUGAAUUAUUAAUGAUUUUAUGAAUUUAAUUUUCAAAUUGCUAACUGCGGAUGUGAUCGUACUGGAUCGUGAAAAUAACCUUUCGCAUAUUACAACAUGCAGCAUUUUUUGUCGCAGUUGUUCGCCAGAUUCGAAAUGUAUAAUUUUCAACGUAUGUUUAUUCGUAAGACAAUAGUUCCGAAAGCAUGCGCGUGUUGUUUUUCAAGCUGGUUUGCCAAAUUAAACUUAUUUUAGAAACAAAUUGUUGGGAUUAGAUUAGCGAUUUAGAAUUCUCCCGCGAAUGCGUCCUACCUUGUCAUUAACAUAAUAUAUUGUUCGCCGUUUGAUUCACUGUUAUCGCGUUUGAAUCUAUUAUUUAUUGAAGAUAAAUUACACUACUUGGUUUUGUAGAUAAACCUCAUGGAGAUAUAAGUCACGACAAAAAUCAAGCAGGAUCUGAUCAUAACCGUGCAGAACAAACCAGUGAAAUCUGUAUAUGCCCAUGCUGAUAUAGAGUUUAGACCUUUAUAGGUAACUGACAAAGGAGCUUUCAGUACUGCAAUUGUCGAUUGUGAAUUGAUUCAUCCACACCAGCAAACGUUCCACACAAUGAGUUGUUAGCAUACUGUACGAAGAGUUUACUACUAUUCCUAGUGGAAAUUUUGACAAAAUUAAUCCUGAAUAUAUUUUUGUCAAGUCAAAUGACAGCGGUGGAGGUGAUAACGCUUUAGCAGCUUUUACUACAGACAUGCAGCAUUCAACUCAUGACAUACAUUCUGAUACGUAUGCGCAAGUAGAUAACAGUUCACAUCAAACACGAAAGAAACCUCCACCUAUAGCGCCGAAGCCAUAUCCAAAGUCAAAGGAUAAUGUUGAUGCACCACAUGGUGGGAAGACAGACAUGCAGCAUUCAACUCAUGACAUACAUUCUGAUACGUAUGCGCAAGUAGAUAACAGUUCACAUCAAACACGAAAGAAACCUCCACCUAUAGCGCCGAAGCCAUAUCCAAAGUCAAAGGAUAAUGUUGAUGCACCACAUGGUGGGAAGACAGACAUGCAGCAUUCAACUCAUGACAUACAUUCUGAUACGUAUGCGCAAGUAGAUAACAGUUCACAUCAAACACGAAAGAAACCUCCACCUAUAGCGCCGAAGCCAUAUCCAAAGUCAAAGGAUAAUGUUGAUGCACCACAUGGUGGGAAGACAGACAUGCAGCAUUCAACUCAUGACAUACAUUCUGAUACGUAUGCGCAAGUAGAUAACAGUUCACAUCAAACACGAAAGAAACCUCCACCUAUAGCGCCGAAGCCAUAUCCAAAGUCAAAGGAUAAUGUUGAUGCACCACAUGGUGGGAAGACAGACAUGCAGCAUUCAACUCAUGACAUACAUUCUGAUACGUAUGCGCAAGUAGAUAACAGUUCACAUCAAACACGAAAGAAACCUCCACCUAUAGCGCCGAAGCCAUAUCCAAAGUCAAAGGAUAAUGUUGAUGCACCACAUGGUGGGAAGACAGACAUGCAGCAUUCAACUCAUGACAUACAUUCUGAUACGUAUGCGCAAGUAGAUAACAGUUCACAUCAAACACGAAAGAAACCUCCACCUAUAGCGCCGAAGCCAUAUUCAAAGUCAAAGGAUAAUGUUGAUGCACCACAUGGUGGGAAGAAGAAACUUCCGCCGAUCCCUAAACCGUAUGGUGCACAUAAAGAUGAUGAGCCUAGUCAACCACCUG